CAUUGUGGGAGCGAAACAAGUGUGAACUGGCCCUUAACCUCCCUGGUGGUAUUCCCGAAUGUAGCUCGGGGUAAACUUUCAGUACCAGAAGCGGUAACCCUGAGCUACUCGGGAUUACACUGCAGCUUUGCUCUGGGAUCCCUCCAGCACUUACCUUGUCCUGCGCUCCCACGAUGUCCCCCCUGCAGUGUCCCUGGCCAUCUCCUCCGACCGAUGCCGGCAUCCGCCUUCCGGGUUCCAUUCCCUGCGAGCGUUGGGACAUACGGGGGAUGGAACCGGGGGGAAAUUCAAAAAUGUACA